GAUGUGGCAGGCAUGCGGAGCGCUCCGGACCGGCGCCCUGGCCUUGGCGCGGUCCCCAGGGACCCGGGCCUGCGGUGGAGGCGGGGACAUCUCCUACACGCAGGGCCAGGCCCCAGAGCCCCGGACGCGAGAGUAUUUUUAUUACGUGGAUCAUCAGGGCCAGCUUUUCCUGGAUGACUCCAAAAUGAAGAACUUCAUCACCUGCUUCAAAGACCCACAGUUCCUGGUCACCUUCUUCUCCCGCCUGAGACCCAACCGCAGCGGUCGCUACGAGGCCUCUUUCCCCUUCCUCUCGCCCUGCGGCAGGGAGCGCAAUUUCCUGCGCUGCGAAGACCGGCCCGUGGUCUUCACGCACCUGCUGGCCUCGGGCCCCGAGCCCCCGCGUCUCUCCUACUGCGGCGGCGGUGAGGCCCUGGCCGUGCCCUUCGAGCCGGCGCGUCUGCUGCCCCUGGCAGCCAAUGGGCGCCUCUACCACCCGGCGCCGGAGCGUGCGGGCGGCGUGGGCCUGGUGCGCUCAGCCCUGGCCUUUGAGCUUAGCGCCUGCUUCGAGUAUCCGCCCGGCGCGUCCGCGCUGCCCUCGCACGUGCGCUGGCAAGGCCGCCGCCUCGCCCUCACCAUGGACCUGGCCCCGCUGCUGCUCACCCCGCGGCCCUGAGCCGCAGGUAUCCCUGGCCGCCCCCCAACCCCGCGGUCCCGCCCCCCUCCCCGCGAGGUCCCGGCCGCGCAUCGCUGCGCACGCGCACCCAAAGAGCGCGCCGGCCGAAUGCGCGUGCGCGGCACAGGUGCACCGCGGCCGCGUUCUGCUCGGCGCUGUCCGAGGUGCUGCCGCGUCCGUGGCCUCGACCGCGAGGAGGGGUGGGGUCGCGGGCCCUUCUGCUACCUCCCCACACCUCGGGCCUGGCGCGUCCUUUGGUUUGGCCAUCGCUCACUGGGGCUGGCCGGGGAGGCCGGGCCGGAGGCGCGGGGGCUCCAGUGCGCGUGCGCGAGCGCGCCCGCCCCUCCCCCGCCCCGCGCUGCUCGGUGGGCCGCGGCGCCGCGGGCUCGGCGGGGGAGCCGCGCCGCGGGAGUGUCAGGUGAGGGGGCGCCCGACCCGAGGUCAGCGGGCAUGGGGGCGGGAUCGGGGGCCGUUCCGGCUCUGUACCCCACGCGGACCGAGAAAGGGAGGAGACCUGGCAGGGACCACGCCCUGCCCUGAACUGGCCCAGGACAGACCCGCGCUGGAGGGGGUGCAGGUGACAUCGUGGGGGUAAUCGAGGCAUGCGGCUCUGGCUUCGCCCUGAGCCCGAGGGGGUCGCAGGGCUUCCUCGCCCCUCCAGUCCCCGCACAGAUGGGCGCCCUGGAGACGGUGACAGCCAACGCAGAAUCCUGUGUGUGACGCCCCGCCCCCUGCCCAACCGGAUUAGAGGGCUGUCCGCUGGGUAAAAGGCUUUCUGGGCUGGCCUCCUCUGCUCUUCCCGCCUGGGCCCUCAUCCCUGCUCAGGCCGGCCCUUUUAUUCCAGUCAGUGUCUAGGGGGUGUCCCUGUGAACCGCAGUGCCUUGAAUCCUAAGGAGGAAGCCAAGAAGCUCCUCUACUUGAGGACUUGCCGCUGGAGGCUGGGUGGGCAAGCCCUGGGCCAGCGCUUUGGCUCAGGGAAAUGGAUCCCAGGAGCCCAGAGUAUGCCUUCAGGUCCUUGGCGUUCACACAUAUCCGGAGACACCUGGGAACUGCCUCUGCCUGGGCCAAAGCUAUAUUCCAUUAAAACUUUUGCUGUGCCUACCUCAUUUCUAGUGACUU